GAGGGGCACUAUCAAAUUAAUAUGCGAAGUCAAACGCCACCCCCUCGUCAAAUAACAUCCACCCCACACUAAAGUUCAGCCACCGCUAACCAACCUAGCAAAUCACAUGUUAACGUAUCAUAGACGCGUUUUUGUGGAUUUGUUUUCAAACCAACUCAGCCUCGUCUCGUCAGCAAUAUCGAAUCCAAUAUCGAACUUCAACUCCCAUACCAACUAAAUCACUCAAUUCAACCCGACAAAGUAAAUCAACACGACUCCAUCCAAUCCAAAAAUCUCAUCAUCUCACCAUCCCAAUUUCAGGAUCUUAUCAUGGCCGAAACACUCACCACCCCCCGCAUUACCUCUCCGUACUUGAAUUCCUUUACUUCACGCACCGUACGUAUGGUGGGAAAAGUGACGCAGUUAAGAGGUGACGAGGCAACUAUUGAGAGCGACGGUGCUGUUACUGUGAUUCUGAACCGGGACUCCCAUCUCCAAGUCGGCAACGCCGUCGAAAUCGUCGGGAAAGUAAACCAAGACCUAAGCGUCAAAGUACUAAAAGCCACUGAUUUCGGCACGAAUUUCGAUUUCGCAGCCAUGAACGCCCUAGUCGACGCAAACCAUCGAUACAAGGAAAUCUGGUACACCGAGGGAUAAGAAACCACCAAGUAUCUAUUACCUGUAUUCGACAACGUUGAGGAAAAGCAAAGACACAGAAAUGAUAAUGGAUCUAGAGUGGGAUCAGACGCCUUCGUUAUAGACGAAUGAGUUAAUGGGGUAGAGAUACGAAUACUACGAGAGGAUAUGAUAUUUUAUGGAAUUCUACAGGGCAACAGGAAUAGAAGAAAAUGAGAAGUGGUGCUACUUGUUAGAAAGAACCGAAGGGAUCGAGGGUGGAAACAGAUAUUAGAGAGAAGUUGCUGUGAUUUCAAACCCUGCUUGCCUCAUAUCCCUCUGUUUAGUGGAAUGCCUUGAUGGCAAGCCUAUCGAGAAAAUACACAUAGAAACAAUACAACGUAUGAAACCUACUCAACAUGUUUCA